AUGCUUCUCCCAGACCCGUCAAAUCCCUCGCUGAACGGAGGGACACCGGGGGCAUCGCUCCCCAUGAGCAUCCCCGCCGCUCCCGCCGGCAUCGCGAUCGAGCCCGACGGCUUUCCCGCCACGUCGCUGUCUCCGCCAGCCGGCCGCAUCCUCAAUGCGGGAGCUGCGGUUUUCGUGCCACGUGUCCCUUCCCGAGGAAGCCCGGUGCCUCCUCAGCCGGCGCAGCCGCCGCAUCCGGCGAUGAUGCCCAUGCCGCAGUCGAUGUCGCCGUCAAUGGCGCCGUCGAUGCCGCCAUUCAAUGUUCCGCACAUGGGGCAAGGCCUCCCCGCGCCUAUGGGGUACGGCCCACCGGGGAUGGGCGCGCAGGGCAUGUACGGGCACCCGGGGGGCGGCGGCGGCGGAGGCGGAGGCGGAUACAUGCACAGCGGAUCCCCGGUGGAGGCCAGUCCGCUAAUGCCGAUUGCCGCGGGUCCGCGCAGGCAAGCGCGCGGACACGGGGGCCACGCGCACGGACACGCGCAUGGGCACGGCGGGCACCCGCACGCGCACGGGCACAUGGGGGGAAUGAUGGGGGGGCCGCAUCAUGGGGGGGGUGUGGGGAUGGGGAUGGCGAUGGGGAUGGGGAUGGGUGUUCCUAUGGGGAUGCCGCCGGCGGGAAUGAUGGCGGCGACGGAGCGUGAGGGCGUCGUGGUGAUGCAGAGCGGCUCGCCGCAGAUGGUGCCGCAGAUGCCGGCGCAAAUGCCGGCGCAAAUGCCGGCCCAGAUGCCGCUUCCGGCCGUGGAACCCGCGGAGGCAGCCGGAAACGAGCUUCCUCACGAGGUAGUUGCGGCUGGGACGAACGGCGUCGCGCCUGCUGCUCCUAGCGCGGCGGAAGCGGCGGGGGCGGGGGAUGUUGAGAGUGCCGCGCAGUCGGGCAAUGGGGCAGCGGAAGCGGGGGGCUCCGAAGGGGCGGAAGCGAAAGCGGAAGCGAAAGCGGAAGUGGAAGCGGGAGGUGGAGGUGCGAGCGUGAGUGCGGAGAGGAGUGAGAAUGUGGGGUGCGAGGGGGAGGCAUUGACAGACCAAGGGAAGCAGCAGCAGCAGCAGCAGCAGCAGCAGCAGCCACAGCAUAAGCACCCGCAGGCCGGGCAUACUAGCGCGCAGGCGCAGGCGCAGGCGCACGGGCACGGGGCGGGGCAGGGGAAGGGGGGGCAGCAGGGAGCGGCGGCGGCGCAUGGGAAGGCGAAGGGGGGGAAGCAGGGCAAGGAGCCGAGCGUGCACUUAGCGGGCAAGGAGCUGGAGGAGGUGAAGGAGAAGAUGGUGCGACAGGUGCGUGCUGGGGCAGGUGCGUGCUGGGGCAGGUGCGUGCUGGGGCAGGUGCGUGCUGGGGCAGGUGCGUGCUGGGGCAGGUGCGUGCUGGGGCAGGUGCGUGCUGGGGCAGGUGCGUGCUGGGGCAGGUGCGUGCUGGGGCAGGUGCGUGCUGGGUCAGAUGCGCGCUGGGGCAGGUGCGUGCUGGGGCAGGUGCGCGCUGGGGCAGGUGCGCGCUGGGGCAGAGCCUCGCCCUUCCUCGUCCGUGCUCUGCUUUGCUCCCUCUUCUUGAGAAAAAUACCCUGCUCCCCCCCUUCCCCCUCUCUCUGCCCCUCUCUCUGCCCCUCCCUCUGCCAUCCUUGCCGUUCUUCCCGUCCUUUGCCCUCCCUCGCCGUUCCCAUACCUCCCUCACCGUUCCCAUACCUCCCUCACCGUCCUCUGCCGUCCCUUGCCCCCCUCGCUGUUCCUUUCUGCUAUCGUGGUGGGGGAGGAUGGCAAGAAGGUGCGGCGUGCGGUGGCUCUGGGGGAGGUGGAUCUGGAGGAGGUGCAGGUGAGCAGGGGAGGAAGGGGCAGGGGAGUGGGGGAGGUGGGGACAGGGAGUGGGGGAGGUGGGGGCAGGGAGUGGGGGAGGUGGGGGCAGGGGAGUGGGGGAGGAGGGGGCAGGGGAGCGGGGGAGGAGGGGGCAGGGGAGCGGGAACUUGGGAAGUGGGGAGAGUGGGGAAGAUUUUGAGCUUACUGGGGGAGGUGGAUCUGGAGGAGGUGCAGGUGAGCGCGGCCGCGGAGGGAUGGGGAAGCGGGGGGGACGGUGGGGAAGAGGAGGAGGAAGUGAGUAGAGUGAGAAAGAUUUGGAAUUUACUGGGGGAGGUGGAUCUGGAGGAGGUGCAUCUGGCCGAGAUUGGGCGCUCGGCGCGCACAGUGGUGGCGGAGAACCUACCAGAGGACCACUCCAUUCCGGCCAUGGAGGCCCUCUUUGCCAAAACAAGUUUGGUGGCGGAGAACCUACCAGAGGACCACUCCAUUCCAGCCAUGGAGGCUCUCUUUGCCAAGGCGGGCAAAGUGAAGAUGGUGCGAGUGUGCAAGCCUGAAGCGGCCAACAGUGCCAACCAGGCGGCGAUAGCUGCAGCAGGUGGGGGGGCAGGAGCGGGAGCAGGUGGGGGCAACAGCGGGAGGCACGGGCACAAGCAGCACGCACACCACCAUGACCUAGUGGUUACCAACAAGGUGGGGCUCUGGAAGGGUUUAUGA